GUUUACUUCCAGAAAUUUCAAGCGGCUGAGUGGAUUGUGAUUUUUUUGGGAGAAUUUUUAUCAAAAAUCUACAUCUUUUGUGUUUUUAGAGAAAUUUAACUGUUUGUUAGUGAUAUCGGUCAACCUCCCUCAAAGCUCAAACAACCAUGUCCGGCGUUCGGAAGCGCCGCUCGCGGUCCCGCGAACGCAUGGACCUGGACAGAGACCGUGGAUUCCCGCGUGAUCGUCCACAGCAGCGCGAUCGCAACUACGGCAACGACCGGGACUUGGACCAGCGGGACAACCGAGGCCGAGGCCACCGGAGUCCUCCACCGAUGAGGGGAGAUCGCGGGGACCGUGGCCAGGAUUUGGGCGGCAGGAAGCGAUCACGGUCGCGGGAACGCGAACGGGAUGAUAAGCGGAAGAGAGACGAGCGCAAGUCCGAGGCGGAUCCGGAUGUGGAGGAGGUUAAGGCGGAGGUGAAACCGACGGUGGGUGGUUCGAAGAAGGAACCACUUUCGCUGGAAGAACUGCUGGCGAAGAAGAAGGCGGAGGAGGAGGCCCGGAGCAAGCCGAAGUUUAUCACGAAGGAGCAACGGGCGGCGGAAGCGCUCAAGAGACGGCAGGAGGAAGUGGCCGCGAUGAAGGCGGCGCAGGCCUCGAAUGUGCCCAAGUUUGGGGACGUUCCGGUGACGGCGCUGUUGAAUCGGGAGAAGCGAGAUCCGCUGGAGAAGUACGACCGGAGGGAGAGGGAGCGGGAGCGUGAACGGGAGAGAAUGGAGAGGAUUCGGAACCGUGAACGUGAGGGCAAAGGGAAGGAUGGGGAGGGGGAUGAUAAGGGUGGGAGGGGAGCGGUGGUUGAGGAGAAUCCGGUUAAGGAUAAGGAGAAGGAAACGGAAGCGAUUCGUGAGCGGUAUUUGGGAAUAAUAAAGAAGAAGCGACGCGUGCGAAGAUUGAACGACCGGAAGUUUGUGUUUGAUUGGGACGCGGCAGAGGACACUUCGGUGGAUUACAACAAUCUGUACAAGGAGCGACACCACGUGCAAUUCUUUGGCCGCGGGAACAUUGCCGGGAUUGACAUCAAAGAGCAGAAGCGAAAGCAGAGCAAGUUUUACGGAGAUUUGUUGGAGAAGCGGCGAACCGACGCCGAGAAGGAGCAGGAGAAGGUCCGGUUGAAGAAGGUAAAGAAAAAGGAGGACAAACAAAAGUGGGACGACCGGCACUGGUCGGAGAAGGAGGUGGACGAGAUGACGGAACGUGAUUGGCGUAUUUUCCGAGAGGAUUACAACGUAACAAUUAAGGGUGGUAAGAUUCCGAACCCGAUCCGUAGCUGGAAGGAGUCCGGCUUUCCGAAGGAGGUGCUGGAGAUCAUCGACAAGGUCGGCUACAAGGAACCGACUCCGAUUCAGCGGCAGGCCAUUCCGAUUGGACUACAGAAUCGUGACAUUAUCGGUAUUGCUGAAACCGGUUCUGGUAAGACUUUGGCCUUCCUUAUCCCGCUGCUGAACUGGAUCCAGGGUCUUCCGAAGAUUGAACGGCAGGAAACGGCGGACCAAGGUCCGUACGCGAUCAUUCUGGCUCCAACACGUGAGUUGGCCCAACAAAUCGAAGAAGAAACGCAGAAAUUCGGUCAACCGCUCGGCAUCCGAACCGUCGUCGUCGUGGGAGGUUUGUCCCGUGAAGAGCAAGGCUUCCGUCUACGGUUGGGUUGUGAAAUCGUCAUCGCCACUCCGGGUCGUCUGAUUGACGUGCUCGAGAAUCGUUACCUGGUCCUGAAUCAGUGCACGUACAUCGUCAUGGACGAGGCCGAUCGUAUGAUUGACAUGGGCUUCGAACCGGACGUUCAAAAGAUCCUCGAGUACAUGCCCGUGACGAACCUCAAGCCGGACACGGAAGAAGCCGAGGACGCCACCAAACUGAUGGAGAACUUCAACACGAAGAAAAAGUACCGCCAAACGGUCAUGUUCACGGCUACGAUGCCUCCCGCCGUCGAACGCCUCGCUCGAACGUAUCUCCGACGCCCGGCCACCGUUUACAUCGGUUCCGUCGGCAAACCAACCGAACGAACUGAACAAAUCGUCCACAUCGUCACCGAAAACGAAAAACGCAAGAAGCUCAUGGAGAUCCUGUCCCGCGGCGUCGAACCGCCGUGCAUCAUCUUCGUCAACCAGAAAAAGGGCGCCGACGUCCUCGCCAAGGGUCUCGAGAAGCUCGGCUACAACGCGUGCACACUCCACGGCGGCAAAGGUCAAGAACAGCGCGAGUACGCCCUCGCUUCGCUCAAAAACGGCUCCAAAGACAUCCUGGUCGCCACCGACGUCGCCGGUCGUGGUAUCGACAUCAAGGACGUCUCGCUCGUCAUCAACUACGACAUGGCCAAAACGAUCGAGGAUUACACGCAUCGUAUUGGUCGUACGGGACGUGCCGGCAAGACCGGUUGCGCCAUCUCGUUCUGCACCAAGGACGACAGCCAUCUGUUCUACGACCUCAAGCAGAUUAUUGUGGCGAGUCCGGUGUCGUCGUGUCCGCCCGAGCUGAUGAACCACCCGGACGCGCAGCACAAGCCGGGAACGGUCGUGACGAAGAAGCGAAGGGAGGAGAAGAUUUUCGCUUAGAGGGAUGGAACGGAUUGGUGGAAAUAAAUGUGUUUAAUUCAAUGAAA